UGUUUUUCCAUGGAGCAUACGCAAGAUGCGCUUCUGUGAAACAUGACGGAAGACAACAAGGAAUCCUGAAAUACGUGUAAAAGCAUAGUUCAUUGCUUUUCUGCUCUUCAUAGAAACGAAAUUUGACAAAUUGAAACUCAUUGAAAUACGAUACCAUUUUUUUAGUAAGCGCAAAACACUUUGGUUGGUGUCCUUGCCAAUUAUCUACAACUACAAAGAAAAUGGCAUCCGCCGAUCCUCCUCCAAGCCAUGUAGCUUCUGGCGAAAAAGACUGCGCUUGCGAUAGCGGAAGAAGCGCAGUGCCUCCAUUUUUUCCGAUGGUGAGAAAGGGAUGCGAAGAAGUCAGUGCUGGUCUAUUCCAGUGUCUCUCGCGUGGCGAACCAGGAAACUUAUGUCCAACGACUAGAAGACCCUCCUUUUGACACGAUAAGGCUAAGUCUUCGAAACGGCUUUACAGCUUAUCCAUGCUUGUAGAAAAACUGAAUAUAUGAUUCAGGGACGCACGCCCUCCCCCCCUGUGGAUGGCCCUGUGGUGGCGCUUGCGCGCUCUUUUCUGCGGAUUCUUGGGGUGGAAGGCGUCCAAACUGGGAGCGGGCGCCCCCUUGCGCCUCUCUGCAUGUUCCCGAGGUCUCGAGGCCUGGCCCCUUUUGCUGGGUUGCCCCCAUCAAAUGCGCGGCAAGAGCCGGCCGGCCGAUGACCAAGGGCCCGGAGGGUACAGGCCACACGGCUCAGGGGGUCCAGCCUUGCGCCUUUUGCCGCCUUCGGAGGCCUUUCACACCCGGCACGCUGCUGCUGUGGCGAGGGGCCAGCACAUAGGGAGCCGGUCGGGUACAUGCAGGCAGCUGGAAGUGAGCGGAGGAAACCCCUUGAACCCCUUUGGAAGCCUUCCACCUCCGGCAGACGCCUCCCAAAGGGUUCCGAGGAUCCACGGCCCCCGCCGCGCUUGGGGGGGCCGCUCCCCUGAGCCAUGUCACAUAUUCAAGCCGCUGUGACCGAAACCUAUCGUUCUUGAGUACAUCGAUUUAGCGUGUCAAAAAUUGUAGAGGUCAUUGUCGCGUGAAGACGGUGAGGAGACGCUGCGCCGGUGUGACUUCACCGCAUAUGAAAAGUGCUUUCUAGAUUCAGUGAACAAGCCAGGAGCAGUGAAGCCCUUGGUAAAAGUGGCAUUUGAUUAGCCUCGAGAAUGUCCCACAACUACAAUUAGACAGGCCUGCUUCUACUGCGAACUAAGGGAAUUUUUUUCGAUGAAGCGAUGCGCAUUUUCGAAAUCUUAGCUUUGUUUGGCCAAAAGCUUACUUUCGCUUAAUGUGUCCGAGCUAACCAACUGUAGAAAAGUGGUUUGCAAAAUAAUUGUCUGUCUAGAUCGACGUGAUCUGUUAUAUCGACUUAUUCGAAUGAGUGUCGCUGGUGGAGAGCAGAAAUAUCUGUUUGGUUUCCUAAAGAGAACAUCUUUCUAAUGAUUUGGAAGACUUCUGUCCCUUCAAAAGAGUAAAUUUCCUCUGGAGUAGAAGACGCUGCACUUAGUGUAAGCGCGUGGAUGGCACAUCUAUGAAAGAGUUUGAUUCUGUUAAGCCUGUGAUGCUCUGGC